AUGAGCUUGUGUUCCAGUUCAGCUGCUACGUCUGUGGAAGCUGCUGGUCUCGCGGGUUUCGAUGCUAAUGCCGUAGUGGUGGUGGUCUUUUGGGCCGAGGUUGAUGGUGGGAGACGCAGUGAUUCGAUUGCUGAUGCGGGGAGGGGCUUGACUUUGAGUAGUCUGAUGGCUGAUGACCUCAUGGUGACUAACUUAGCUCGUGUUGGUAAUGAUCAUCCUUCUGACCGUCGUACCACCAUCCACCUGCUCUUCAUCGAGCUGCGCCGUCAAGGCAGCCAGAACAAGCCAACACUCGGCCUUUCAGCAUCUGAAAGCGCCCUGAACACCCAACGCUGCACGAUGGCUGACCGCCCCUCCUUGAUACAACAGGUGUCGUCCAUCACAGGAUGCAACGAGUACCAGGCCGAGACCGUGUUGGAGAGGUCCAAUUGGGAUGUCGAGCGAGCCAUGAACUCAUACUUUGACGACCCUCCGCCAGAAGUGAGUUGUCAACGGAGCCUUCCUCAAUGCUUUCCUGCAAGUGCUGACCCUGAUCCUGGCCUUAAACUUCGACACGCACAGCAAAGACCGCCGACGAUCACAAAUCCGCAGAGCACGUCCAACGCCGUCGCUCCCUAUCAAGGGUUCGAUGAGUCGGCUGCAUCUAAAUGGGACGUCCCCAACAACCCUGCCUACGUACCUCCCCCAGGUCCACCACCAACAUCGAACACAGACGUAAUAGAUUUGACCAACGACGGCGAAGCAGACGACGACCUCCGAAGAGCCAUGGCAGCAUCGCUGCAAGAUCACCAAUCCCAGCAACAAUCCUACCGAACCCCCGCAGCCCCGUCAAGCACAGUUGGCGUAAGUGACACCACAGGAUGGACCGAGGAAGAGCACGAAGACGCACAGAUGGAACAGGCACUCCGCGACAGCCUCACGGUGGCCGGGGAGCAUUUCGACCAUAGCUGGACUUCAUGGUUGGGCAAAGUAGGCGCGCCGGGAUUUCGCUUCGACUACGAGGGACGUGCGGCUGGUGCGCCUGACAGACACGACGAGAUGGAGCUGGUGAAGGACGACGUGCAGGAUGACGUCGUGGAGAUCAGUGACGAUGAUAUGCCGCCGGAGGAAGAAGAGAAGGAGGAAGCGAUACCAGAGCUGCCGGGCCGUGGCUACAGGCUGCGCGAUCGAAGCAAACUCGUCAGACCGAACAACGCGCCGCAGACGCUGUCCGAGAUGGGCCUCAUCACCAAAUGCGAUCGCACAUACGGACGGAGGACGCAGUCUCGAGGGAUUGGAAGAGGACGCAGGGGCAGAGGUGUAAAGAGAAGAGGUAGCUGGCAUCUCGUGCGCUCUCCGAACGACUGGUCUUUCGCUUCAAGUACGACAUUACGAAUCACAUCGCUGACCUUGACUUUUUCUCCACUUCUUACACUUGACAGGAGCUGGGAAUGUCCGAAGACGAACAACUACGACAGGCGCUAG